AUGACUCAAAAAGAAACUGUUUCGACUGACAAGGCACCACCACCGUUGCCCUUCUUUUCCCAAGCCAUUAAAUGUCAAGGAAUGGUUUACUGCUCCGGUAGUAUUGGGAUGGAUGUCGCUACCAUGAAGCUCGUCGAAGGAGGUGUUGCUGAUCGAUGCAGGCAAUCACCCUUGAACCUCAAGGCAAUCCUUGAGGCAGCUGGCAGUAGCGUUGACAACGUCGUCAAAGUCAACGUCUUUCUAACCAACAUGGAUAAUUUUGCCGCCAUGAACAAAGUCUAUGCAGAGUUCUUCCAAAAGGAUCCCAGGCCAGCCGGGACUUGCGUUGCGGUACACGAAUUGCCACUAGGAACCGACGUGGAAAUUGAAUGUACGGCUCAUCAGGGAGAGGCAUCGGUGUCGUCGACGGAUUUAUUGUCUACGGCGAAUCUUAUGACUAAGGAUUGGUAG